AUGGCCAACCACCUCGACUACGACAUGUACGACAUCGAGCUCACAUCCGUGUGCACCAACACCGACCUCCGCAAGCUCUUCAUCAAGACCACCAGCAAGUCCAUCAUCAUCAUCGACGACAUCGACUGCUCACUUGACCUCACCGGCAAGCGCAAGAAGAAGAAGGAGGGUAAGGACAGGGGUGACAAGGAGGACAAGCUGAAGAAGGAGGAUGACAAGGCAGGCAGCAACAAGGUGACGCUCUCCGGUGUGCUCAACUUCAUCGAUGGGCUAUGGUCGGCGUGCGGCGGCGAGCGCAUCAUCGUGUUCACCACCAACCACUUGGAGAAGCUGGACCUGGUGCUGAUUCAGCGCGGCCGCAUGGACAAGCACGUCUAG